CCGGUAAUGUCGGAAGAACCUUUGUCUCUUCCAAGGCCGCUCUGGCCUCGGAGGCUGCGGCGACGCUCUCGACAACUCGGAGGUCUCCCAACGCUCCAUUGACAAUGCCGAGGGAGGAAGGGGGCUGGAACGUUGGGCGGAAGUGACGUAUCCCCGACCGUCGCCUGGGUGGGCGGAAUAGAUUCCGGUUCCGGUCUAAGAGCCUGGAGGAAGAAAGCAAGGGAGGGGGAGUCUGGUGGGGUCUCCCCCUCUUCAUCGAGGCUCCUAAGCGGUGGCCAUGGAGUUCCCUGGGGGAAAUGAGAAUUACCUGGCUAUCACUGGGACGACCCACCCUUUCUUGUCAGGGGCUGAGACCUUCCACACGCCAAGUCUGGGGGACGAAGAGUUUGAGAUUCCACCCAUCGCGCUGGACGCCGACCCCUCCUUGGCUGUUUCUGAUGUGGUUGGGCACUUUGAGGACCUGGGUGACCCCGUGACUGCCCCAGAUGCCACUUUCUCAGCCCAGUAUGGGGUUCAGGCCCUUGACAUACCUGUGGGCAUUAGCCAUGGUCUUAUGGAGCAAGGGGGCGGGCUGCUGAGUGGUGGGCUAGCCAUGGAUUUGGAUCACCCCAUGGGGACUCAGUACAGCGCCAACCCACCCGUCACCAUUGACGUGCCUAUGACGGACAUCAGCACUGGCCUCAUGGGGCAUGGGCAGCUGACCACCAUCGACCAGUCAGAGCUGAGCUCUCAGCUGGGGCUCAGCCUGGGAGGAAGCUCUAUCCUGCCUCCCGCAGCCCAGUCCCCUGAGGAGCGGCUGACACCCACCCCCUCACCCACCAAUUCUGUGCACGAGGAAGAGACAGAAGAAAUCAGGCGGCAAGUUUCUGUCGCCAAACCAACCCCACCUGCUUCAGCAGCCCCAGCACCCGUUGCAGCGCCGGCAGCCGUGCUGGACAUGGGGAAGAAGCAGAAACCAGCCAAGAAGCAGAAGAAAAAGAAGGAUCCCAAUGAGCCCCAGAAGCCCGUCUCUGCCUAUGCCCUCUUCUUUCGGGACACCCAGGCAGCAAUUAAGGGGCAGAACCCUAAAGCCACCUUUGGGGAGGUCUCCAAGAUUGUCGCCUCUAUGUGGGACAGCUUGGGAGAAGAGCAGAAGCAAGUGUACAAGCGGAAAACGGAGGCCGCCAAGAAAGAAUAUUUGAAAGCGCUAGCAGCCUAUCGGGACAACCAGGAGUGCCAAACCACGGUCGAGACGGUGGAACUGGACCCAAUCUCCUCUCCUUCUGAGCAGCCGGCCCCCGCUGUGGAAUCGGCUUCCCCCCCGGCCCCGAUGCCGCCCACCCCUCCGGCCCUCGAGAGUCCGCCUCCCCCUCCUCCUCCGGCUAUUGUCCCCACCCAGCCCACAGUGGUGGUGACCUCCAGCGCCGGCCCCCAGUCGGCCGGCCAAACCAGCAUCACAAAGAUCAUCAUCCCCAAGCAGAUGCUGCCAUCCUCGCUGGCUGUCUCGUCGCAAGGAGGGGUGGUGACAGUCAUCCCCGCCACGAUGGUGACCUCGCGGGGGCCGCCUCUGCAGCAGAAGGUGCGCCUCAACCUCCAGCAGCCCCCACCCCCCCUGCAGAUCAAAAUCCUGCCCCCGCCGGCCCUUCAGAUCCAGCCCAUUGCCCUGCGGACGGAAGAUGGCAGUCCCGAAAGGCCUAAUACGGAGCUCCAAGCUUCCCCAGAGCCCAUCGAUGUCGUGCCGGAGGUAGAGUCUCCAACGCAAAUGCACGUCGAACUAGUGUCUGAAUCGCCCAUGGCCAUGUCGCCCCGCCCUCGCUGCAUCCGUGCCGGCUGUGACAACCCUCCAGUGGCCAACAGUGACUGGGAUAAUGAAUAUUGUAGCAACGAGUGCGUGGUUAAACAUUGCAGGGAUGUGUUCCUAGCUUGGCUGGCCUCCCGCAAUUCCAAUAACAAUGUCGUCUUUGUGAAAUAACCCUCAGUUCAUUACAACAGUGCUGGGGAAGGAAACUACAGUUUUGUGUUCCCAUGCACAUUUUGCCCCAAGGACGACAACCAAAUCAAGGAGGAAAAAAAAAUCGCCAUGCAACUGUGGGGGUGGGAACAAGGUACUGGAUAUCUUCUCAGCUGAAGACCACCAGCAAGAGAAAACCGCAUCCCUUCGGGGCGUGAGGAAACUGUGGGGUGGCACUGCCUUUCCCCCCUCUUUUUUUCUAUACAGUCUCUUUAAUAAUGUUUCUCUUGAUGGAGCAAUUAAAGCUGGAAGAGGGAUA